UGGCAAAGCUGCAGGCCAAAUACAGGAGCCGAGUUGAAUAAGCUGGUGCGAGCCGAGCCGCCCGGUUAUUGCAAAUGGUUGUUCAUUUAGUCUCUGCUGACCUACGAUAUCUCGCGGCCAUUCCCUGUUUCGCUUGUACAUUCUGAAUUCAACCACAACCCUUCUAUCGGAUAAUGCUGCGGUGCCCAAAACUAUUCAGCCGAUCGCGGAUCGGGCUCUCCCGGUCGUUCACUACAUCGCGAAGCAGCGAUAUGAAGGUGUUGUUCUUUGGCACCGAUGAGUUCUCCAACCACGCACUGAAGGCACUGGAUGCAGACAGACGCUGCAAUAAGCCGAUCGUAGAGAAGCUUGGAGUGGUAUGCCCGCCGCCAUUGUACAAAUUCGCCAAGGGCCGGCAGCAGCUCACGUGGGAGGCACUGGUGGAGAAGACAGCGCGCACGCGGCAGCUCGACAUACACCACCCAAAUGCGCGCAAGCUGACGGGCUGGCAGGUGCCGAGCGCAGGCCUGAAGGAGACAGACCGGUAUGAUAUCGGAGUGGUGUCGAGCUUUGGUAUGUUCAUUCCGCAGCGCAUCAUCGAGAGCUUCCCGCUGGGCAUGAUCAACAUCCAUCCGUCGCUGCUACCCGAAUACCGUGGCCCGUCGCCGCUGCAGGCGGCGCUGCUGGACGGAAAGAAGGAGACGGGGAUCACGAUUCAGGAGGUGCAUCCCACAGUCAUGGAUGGCGGCAGGGUGUUGGCACAGAUGCCGUAUCAAAUCGACGGCACGGCGACACGGAUCGAUAUGAUGAAUGAAAUGGGCCAUCUCAGCGGGCAAUUGCUGGUGAAGCUGCUGCACAACUACGAGUACGUGCGCGAGCGGGCGAUUGACCAGGACGAAAGCAAGGUGACUACGACACGGCUGUAUAGUCGCGAGGACUCGCGUGUAAACUGGGAGCAGAUGUCAGCAGAGCAGAUUGUGCGUAUGCAUCGGGCGUUCUGUGGCCGUGAGCCAGUGCACAGCAUCUGGCGCAAGAAGAACAAGAUGCACAGCAUUCAGUUGCAGGAUAUAGCUUUGCCUGAUCCGAACGUGGAGCCGCUGGAUCCCGAGAUUGCAAAGUACCCGCCGGGCUCGGUGUUCUACCGCCGCAAGGUGCCGUACCUGGAGGUGCCGUGUGUGGACGGAAGCCGGAUCUGGAUCAAGCAGCUGCAGGUGCAGGGCCGCACCCCGAAGACGGCGCUGCAGUUUGUCAACGGGUAUCUGCGCGUACCCGGUGCGCUGCGAUUCCUGACCGAUCCUGUGGAAUCAAAGAAGCCAACGCCACCAUUCCAGUGGCCCGAGGGCAAAAAGCCCGAGGCCGUGGUGAUGGCCGAGCAGAAGGCCAUGGAGCGCAAGCAGCAGCUGGCGGAGAUGAAAAAGAGCCAGAAGAUCGUCGGCGAGUGCGAGUACGGGCCGGGCGAGCUGGUGCCCGACGACGAGACUCUGGUAGAUGGCGAGACAAACAAAUAAAUUCCAUUACAUU